AAGACCCCCUGCCCUGCAACCAAGGCCAAGGCGGCGGGGGCCAAAAACAUUCCCAACCAGCCCCGCAAGGGCGAACAGCCAGAGUCCACACUAUGCCCAGAGAAGGGAGAGAACAGUCGCUUCUCGUCAUGGACGAAAGGGCUGGGAGCCCAUACGGCCAAGCAAGUCCCGCCCCCUCCUGCUCCAAGCCAAUCAGAAAGGGACUCGCUUCUUUCCAAGCGAGGCGGGGGCAAAGAGGCUGCUCCCCCAGACAAGAUCAUGUUUUUCAAGUUCAGCGGCCCCAUUCUCCUGUUGGCCAGCUCCUUCCUGGUAGUCAUUGCUGCCUGUACCCGUUACUGGAUUAUUAACAGAUCCACUGAUUACGUUGAAUCCAUUUUGAUGUACUGUGUGGAGUCCAUAUGUAGGAACAUGGCCCGAGGAAUAAUGUACCGCUUCUUUGUUCAAGGAUUCCUGCUUUUGGCGGCAACGUAUGGGUCACUCUGUGCCAUUCUUGUUAUAAUCCAGAUGAAGUGUCUGAUAAGGCACAGGAAGAUGUUGAACAUGUUUCUGAGCAUAACAGUCCUUCUGCCAGCAAUCCAUACUGUGGUUGCAAUGUCCAUAUACACAUGGAAAUAUACUCCCGCUGCUGGUUUCAAAUACCGUGGAUGGUCCUACUUGCUGGGCUGGUCCUGCUUUCCUCUCUUCCUAGCUGCUGCUGUAUCAACAAUCUAUUAUCUGAACUUCCACAAACAUUAAACAAUGUGCAUAAGGCCAGUGGUGAGCUUGAUAUGACUCUGAGCAUGAGCCAUUUUGCAUCGGAUGGAUUAAAGUGAACGGAAUAAAGCUGGACCAGCAUGGAUAAGAAAUGCUACUGAAAUUCUCCUGACUGAACGUUUCCUCUAGAUGGUGGAGUUCCAAAGAGGUGUUUCUGAAGAGGAACUGAUGUAUUUGGAGUUCUGCAUCAUUCUGAUUUUUAAUUUUUGAUUCUGUACAGUCCAUUGAGCAUGCGUAGUUGGCGGCAAUUUUCCACUUAUGAAAAUGUGCAUGUCCUGUACUGAUGUGCCAAUAUAAAGCAUUCCAAAGAAAGCA